CCAAAGUGUGCCUUGCGUCUCCAUCAACACAUAUCGUCAGUCAAACUUUAAACAUUUUCAUUGUGGCAGCAGAAGUCAGUGCGUGAAGUUCAGUUUACGUGUGAGAAAAAUGUCUACGUUAAAAAUAAAAAUUGAGCCCACCGAGGAUGAGAGUACAGAUGUUCCGGUCCACUAUCACUACUGCCAGAGAGAGACCUGCAAUACCAGACACUUCGACGGAAUCUCGGGCAAGCUCAUAAGUGUGGGGACGCAAACCGAGGGUGCCCUACGACAAACUGCGCGGAAAGAGUCGACGGAGACAAACUAUGUCGCUUGUGGACUAUGGCCAAAGCCGGAGAACCCGCCAGCUGUGAAGAAAGAGGCACCCGAAGCCAGCGUUGAGCCGGUCGGUGACGGAGCCAGUCAGUUGCCGGACAAGUCCAUGGCUCCGUUGCGCAGCAGCAAUCGGGGGGAGAGUGGAGUCAAGUGGACCAAUCUCGAUGGUCAAGUGGCCCACGCACCGUGUAUUCACGCGGCCAAUUUGGAAGGAGUGCCAUUAUCGUCGGUCAAGAUAUUCAUUACGGGCAUAAGUCCAUUUGUCACACGGGAGGAAAUCGGCGAGGUCUUUGGCUGGUUUGGGAAUAUUAAAUUGAUCGAAUAUCCGAGCAACCGACACCCCAGCAAUCCCCAGGGACGUGGCUACGCCUUUGUGCAGUACGUCUGCCCGAUGGACUGCACACUGGCCAUCGAGAAAAUGAACGGAAGAAAAUUGGGUCUCGGCAAGAUUGAGGUGAUGCCGAUCAAACCCAAAAAGAAACGAGCACCGUUCACGUUCCGCUUUGACUGGUCGUAGCCCAGCAGAUCGCCAGCAAUCCCAUCGCAGUUCAAGCCAGCGUGCAGGCCGACCCUCCUCCUCCUCCGGUAAUGCCAAUCAAGACACCCAAUAGGAAUCGCUGUCAUUCCAUUCCAACCAUACUCCGAAUCGAUGGCAGCCAGUCACGCAUUCGUCACGCAUCCAUUGCAAGAAGAAUGCGAAGAAUGCGAAAACACACAAAAACAGCCAUAAAACCGCACCUCUUAUGUACCCUUACUUGUAAGCCCUUCAAUGGGCGGACUCUG